AUGGCCUCAUCCUCCGUUCUUCAACAACUCUCUCCCCCACUCCCCAUUCCUGCCUCCCCUCCACCCCGAGUGCGUCGUCGUUUCAAAACCCUCAUCCCCACCAUCUUUUCCCAUACAAAGCCAAUCGAGGAGGACGACGAAUUCCUCGUCGCCGUCGUUCGGGACAUGUUCAUGAAGUCAUCGUACGUUGACCCAUGCACUAAGGCAGCUAUCCUCGAGGUGAUCCUUGGCCGCAUCAUUGUCCCCAACGUCCCCUACAUCGCCGAGAGCAUCGUCUUCCAGGGCGUUCAGCCGGGUGGAGCGACGAGGGUCCCUCUGACGUUCGAGAAGAAGGAGCGGCUGGUGGCCAUGUUCGUCGAUACGUAUAUAGAGGCGAUGGCUUAUCUGGGUUCGCUGAAGGACGACACUGCCGUCGUCUCGGCCGUCCACCCAACCAUGCUCAGCCCACACCCCACCUGCGAGAUCACCCACGGCCAGGGCCGGUUCCAGGACCCGCAGCCCGUGCCCAUCCUGCCCAUGCUCUCAGCCAGUGCCGGCAGCAAGGCUUUCUGGAGCUUCCUUGCGCUCAUCUGGCCGCCCAGCGUCGUGGACACCAUCCAAGCGCACUGCGCCGAUGAGGCCACGCUGGGUAACAGCAUCGUUAUGUCCGCUGACUGCCGCCGUGCCUGGGACGCUAUGGAGUUCUACCUUCUCCCGCUCUCAGGCACGCACAAUAAGCUCAAGGUGAGCUUCCACUGGAACGGCCCCGGAUCCAGGCGCAACCUCAGGGACUACAAGAGUAAGCCGCAGAUUGAUAUCGACCUCGGCGGAGGGCUGAUCUAUGAGCGGAUGAAGGAGGGGAAGAUUAUCACUCUGACGGCGAGUAGUGAUGAUGAUCCGCUGCCUGAUUCAGGGUUAAUCUAUGUCAGGGCGGUGCUGACCAAGAUGGCGAUUGGGAUGGAGGUGACCGCUGCGCAGCGCUUGUUGUUUGGUGUUGGACUUGCGGACUGUGGAUGUGAGGAUGAUGGGGAGGGGGAGGAGGUUGUGGAGAUGGAUCAUAGGGGCUGCUGGGUGGGGAAGGAUAAUUGGUUUGAUGACAAGUUUCGCGGGACCGGGAUCUUUCCGAAUAUUUGGGAAGACUUUUCGGGUCUGGGCGUUGGCUCUACUCAGGAGCAGUAA